AAGCAAACGGAAGUCAUGCACUUCCCGUUAAACAGUGUUGUUGUCGCUGUUGACUUCAGUGGUAUAUUUAAGCCCGACUGCAAGCCUGUCCCGACAAACACCACAGCGCUCCGUGACUGCGUGACUUGGACGUUCCCGACGCUGCCAGAAGAGGGAUUCUCUGUUCUCAUCAUGAAGGCACUGCUCAUCGUGUUCCUCUGUCUCAUCCUCUGCUCCCAUGCCAUGGAGAUUUCGAGGGCUAAGCGCAGAGCAUGUGCUCCUGUACUUUGUUACCGGGACCCUUGUAUGGGCGUGAUCUGCCCAGAGGGACAACGUUGUAGAGCUGGUUGCUACUGUAAUGCUGAAUGUGGGGGUGGCGGCUUUGGACCGGACCUAUUUCGUCGUGUAUUCUUCUAACCUGCCAAGUCAACUAAUCCCCUGGCAACUCGACUGAAGGAGGACCUACUAGUUAAGACAUAAGAAAUCUAUAGCAGAAUCGAAAUGCUUCUACCAGUUGAGGCCAUGUUGUGAGACAGGUAAAUUGAAUAGGGAAGAUUCAAAUUAGGUCAUCCAUUGUACAUCUUCCACUUUGUUUUAUGUGAAUAUAAAAUAAAUCACUUGUGGAGAGCAAGUAAUGUGAAGGAAAUGUCUUUAUUUUAUUCUGUUGUUUGACAAAUUGACUUUGAGUUGAAUAAAAACUGCUACAUACAUGGUUA